ACUGAACUCUAUAUUAGAGCGCUAGCUGAAUGGAGCUAUGAGGAAUGGUUACUAAGCUUUUGCAAAGUCACUUCUUCAACAUUUGCUCGUGGAGAAACAAAUUGACAAUUUUUUUUAUCCAAAAACUGCAUUUUGAAAUUCCUGUGCUAUGUCUGGAGGCUCCUAUGAUCGUGCUAUUACUGUAUUUUCGCCAGAUGGACAUCUCUUUCAGGUGGAAUAUGCACAAGAAGCCGUAAAGAAGGGUUCCACUGCCGUUGGAGUCAGAGGCAAAGAUUUAGUUGUAUUGGCUGUUGAAAGAAAGGCUGUUCCUAAGCUUCAAGAUCCAAGGACUGUGAGAAAGAUAUGCUUGCUAGAUAACCAUGUGUGCCUCGCUUUUGCUGGGCUUACAGCAGAUGCCAGGAUCCUUAUCAACCGUGCAAGGAUUGAAUGUCAAAGUCACAAACGAACAGUUGAAGAUCCUGUUACAUUAGAAUAUAUUACAAGAUAUAUCGCAACAUUAAAACAGAAAUUUACUCAAAGUAAUGGUCGAAGACCAUUUGGUAUCUCGACACUAAUUGUGGGCUUUGAUUACGACGGUAUCCCACAUUUAUACCAGACAGACCCAUCGGGUACAUAUCACGAGUGGAAGGCAGGAGCGAUUGGACGAAGUGCGAAAACAGUUUUAGAGUUCCUGGAGAAACAUUAUACUGCAGAACUUGUUGCUUCGAAUGAAGAAACUAUUAAACUAGCUAUCAAAGCUCUGUUAGAGGUUGUCCAAUCUGGAGCAAAGAAUCUAGAACUAGCUAUCAUGAAAAGAAACGAGCCGUUACGAAUUCUUGAGCAAGAUGAAGUUGAAAAAUUUGUGGAUGAAAUUGAAAAAGAAAAAGAAGCUGAAGCAGAAAGAAAAAAGCAAAAGAAAACUGGAGGAACUCCAUCAAAAUAGAAGAUAUUUCAAUACCUUAUAAUACUUGACCACCACCUGUUGAUUGCAUUUUUUGCAACCAUUGAAUGUACUGUAAGCACUCAUACAAACCAGACAUUUCAUUUAAUAUAGUAACAGUAGAUAAAGAUUGUUGUCAGUGGUUGUACAAAGCCUUGAUUAUUCUGAGAUAAUGUGGAUUUUAGUAAUCAAUAUUGGUCAAUGAUUGGUGUGCAAUGUCUUGAAGGUGCUUUUGAAUUUUUCCACAACCCCUUUGAAGUCAGUCCUUUGCAGCC